CAUCCCCAUACAUAGCCUCUAUCACUUCACGAAACCAAGCAGUCACAUCAUCUCUGUUAAGACGUUCGAUCUGGGCCUUGGGCGAUAGUAUCUUGGCGGGGCCUCCUCUCACGACGGACCCAAUCACGACCGGGUGCGUGCGUCUCUCAGGUGAAGCCUAUUUCCUCGUCAUCAAUCACUGCCUUACACGGCCAGGACUCUAAUGAACAACAGAGUGAGUGCGGCGCCACAAGUCGACACCUCUCAUGCGACAGAAAUGUUAUUACCCUCACCCUUAUGAAGAGCCCACGUAGGAUUGCUGUCAAGAUGGACGCUGUCAUUGAAAAUCAAGAUGUUCUCUUUCCCCAAGUCUUUUCUCAUUUGGAGUCCGUCGAAUCCAGCGCCACUCCUUUGGACGAAGAACUACUCAGACGAGCAGCACGAUCCCUCGACUCUUCGUCCCCCAAACUAAUUCUGUGGCGGCUGCUCGACACUGGCGAGAGGAUCCUUCAGACCAUCCAACAAGACCCUCAACCUCUGACUCGUUUACUGGAACGAGUCAUCUCGUUGAUCCCCUUCGACGAGUUGAAACAGUCCAUAUCGACAGAUAAGCUGGAGCUAGGGUUGCAAUCGUUGUCUUCUUCUAUCCAGCUCCUAUGCUUGGCCUACAUAAGCAAAGCUGCUGACACCCCGAGUGGCGCGUCGUUCGUUGCAAGUACCUCUACUCUUAUGCAGACUCUUUUGAACACUUGGCUGUCGACUGAGAACACCGAAAUCGCCGAUCGUGCUUUGCAAGUGAUUGAGGCAUUACUAUUGGUUGAUAACACGAACAACGUCACUGUCGUUGUUUCAGGAGAACAGGUGGGAGAAGCACAAGGCCAGGGACUUAUAUGGCGGAGGAUCUUUCACGACCCGGCUGUAUAUGCAAUCCUGUUUGAGUGGACAUCCCUUGUUCGAUCCAACCGAGACAUCAAGACCAAAAAAGGAUUGCAACUCGUCACCAUUUCUCAAGCUCGACUCUUUGACUUCGUCGCCCGCUCGGCGCAACUUGAUUGGAGCGCCGUCACCACCUCCUCGCUUCCCAGCAUCGAGUCGCAGUAUAUUCAAGAGGACGGCAGCGACCGACUAUAUGGAGGAUUACUUCGGUACGCCGCGUCACACAUGAUUGAUCGUGGCGAUAUCUUGAUGGAGGUGCUCCGACAAGAAUUCUUUAUCAAACUACUACAAGUGAUUGAGGAGAAGAACCCUAGCAGUGUUUCACCCAGGUUGCUCGAGGCAAUUCAACAAGGUGCUGGGAUGGAAUCGACCAAGAAGGAGUCGGAGGACGUUGGUAUGCAUUUAUGAGACACGAGAGACAACCACAAGAAAGUCCCUAGGUAGUUGUCGUGAUGAAAGCAACGUGGCAUUGAUGUUCACGUGACUAAGGACUCUCGGGCAAAUUUCCUAAUUUGAAUCUUCUCCGUCAGCCUCGUGUGGAUCUCACAACUUCUCCAAACAUUUUG